GAAGAAGCUGACAGCAGAGUGCGUGUUCAGGGAACAGUUCGAGGAGAACUGGUACAACACCUACGCUUCGACUCUGUACAAGCACACGGACACGGGGCGCUUCUACUACGUGGCCCUGAACAAGAACGGUACGCCCCGGGAGGGCGGCAGGACUAAAAAACACCAGAAACUCACCCACUUCUUACCCAGGCCUGUGGAGGUGGAGAAGAUCCCUCAGGCGGUCAGAGACUUGUCCCAGUACAGGUGACCAGGGCUUACAGGCGGGGAGGACAGAGGCACCUAAACAAAUAAAAAGGAAGAAGAGGAGCACUCUGGAUCUGGCGGGGAACUGCUCACCUUCGCUGGACUUGUGAGCUCGGCGAGAAGGGAAAGCUUUUUUUUUUUGUGUGUGUGUAAAAACCACUGAGGAGGAUCCUCGAGGCUGAUGAGCUGAGGGUCGAUCAGGAAAACAAAAUCAGAUGUUUUUUUUUCUACAAGUGACACAAAAGAGCACAUUUCCUCCAAAUAUUGAUUACAGGAAGGUUCCUUCAAGAAGUGCCACGGAUGACACAUAUUUUUUUGCACUCGUCAUGCGUUGCACACAUUUCCGGUGAGGUCUCGGAUAGAAGGCAUUCCCACGUUUCCAAUGACAGAUUGCACGUCAGGGUCAGAAAUACACACGCUGCGCGCCGCACGCUUGAGUGGUCGUUUGUGACAGUCAGGUAUCUGCAGGAGAACGUCUGCAAAAGAUCAACGAAGCACUCACCGCACCUCCCGAGUCCCCCAGCUGUGGGCCUGGUCACAACCUAAACACCACAUCCAUCACGUUUGAAUGGGAUUAUCAAGCAGCAACCUGCAGGAUUUGAUUUUUUUUUAUUUGGUACAAGUUUAGGGAUGAAAGCACUUCUCUGGCUGGAAGGAGGGAAAAAACUGAUAGUUUAAAAAGUGGUGACUCGUAAUGUUCAGAGAGCCACGAACAUUACGGAAAGUGCCGGCGUCUGAGGUUGUACAUAUGGGUGUUCCUAUUUAUGAGAUGUACGAUAUAUUUAUUUUCUACAUAUAAAAAAAGUAUAAAUGUAAAUCUAUAUAUUUAUUUAUUGCAAAGACUUUAUUUUGUAAUGAACUUGAAGUUAUCUGGACUGCAGAUUCUACUGAGAUGAGGCAUAAAAACAAAAUUAAAGGAAUAAAAAAAAAGAAACUGCAACAAACAUGACAAUAAAAUUGUCCUGCUAUUAA